GUUCGACUUGUCUUUUGCUUACAUGAAAGUUGGAUAGAUCUAUGGUUCAUCCGACCGGGGUCGCCCGUCCUAAUAUUGUACACUUUUCGCUUUUCUCUACAUCUUUCUUUUAUCGAUCCGUCCAGAAGCAUGAGUAACUCGCAGCUCUCAAGUUCCUCCUGCGUCGCUUCUCCGGCUGGUGUACAGUUCCGGUCUUAACGGAGUGUCUCCUCGCUGGCUUCGAGCCCUUCGAAGAUUGAAUGCUUCGGAGGUGCUCCCCACCGUGGAAGAAAAAAUUUAAAUAAAAAUUAAACUCAGACGAAAGCAAAAAACUGACGGCAUUUCUCAUCAAUAUCUCCCAGGAUUUACUAACGGCCCCCAGUCUCGUAUCUCGAUGAUUCAAUUGUUGCGGUGGGCCCCGUCCUAUUCAUCGGAUCAGCUCUCCUGACCGCGAGCCGCGAUGACGCUCUUCAGUCCGACUACGGUCCUCGUGGGGUUCCUCCUCCUCUACCUCUCCUCCUUUCUCAUAUUCGCCAUCGUUCGGAUUGCGACGGGAAUCUCCAUUCAACGGAUUGGCUACUUCUCCCUCCGUCGCAUCGCAUACGUCCCGAAGGAAGGAGUGCAGAUUGAGCUUCGUGGUCUGGGACUGUCUUUGCAUCCUCCCUCAUUUGCCCAACCGACAUGGCUCAGCCUUCAAUUGUCCGACUUGAAGGUGACCGUGGACCCCGCCGCUCUAGCAAAGGGCAAGCCCAGCGAAAAUCAGCCUGAUGUCUCGGAGCUCCCACACCAAGCCGAAUCUUCCCCGCCAGAGAAUGAAGAUAACGCUUCGCUUGAAGGGCGGAGCAAGACGUGGAGGACGCUGACAAGGUUAAAAGAGCAAGUGAAACGGCUGCAUCGCAAAAUACACUGGUUGAAAUUGGUGGACGUCGUGGCUGUCAACACUACUGUCAACUUUGUCGAAGCUGGCCAGAUUCAGGUGGGAACUCUGUCAUUGGCGGUGGACACUAGACGCAAGAUGGUAGACAGAGGGAAGCUGUUCCGCCGCAAAAAAUAUGAAUCCGGUGAACAACGUCCAGCUGAAUGGAUAAUGACCGUGCAAAAUGUCCUACUCGCAGUCGAUGGUGGUGAACCGACACAAUUGCUCGACAACAUUGGAGUAAAUGUACAUGGGAUCCUGCACAAAGAUCUUGAAGGGCUUAGGGAUGCGUCGAUCGCUUUAAAAGUUGGAAGGAUGCAUAUUCCUUAUGACGAUCUGAUGACACUCGCGCAACGGAUCAAGAAGUUUAGACAAUCCUUUUCGGAAGCCUCGAAGCAUGAAGCCGACGAUGAGGUGUCUUUUGCUGAUUUCGUGGAAGAACUGGAUAAGCCUGGGAGUCAGGACGAUGCACUUGUCCAGACCGUUGCCGAUUCGAAAGAGUUUGCCAGCUCCCUCCUGCGGGGAAUACAGGAAAUCCAGAUAGCCUUGAGCUUUUUCAGGCUAUCGCGAGCCAUCCAGCCACCUUCGCCGAAACAGAGUUCUGUCUAUCUGAAUAUUAUAUCCCAUGAGAUAGGCAUUGAUCUUCAUCGUAUGGAUCAGAACAGCCCCGCACAUCGCAUGUAUUUCCAGCGGAAUGACAUAGCUCAUCAAGCCCUCCUUGCUGCUAUAUCCCUUUCAGUCAGCUUGGAUGACAGCUCGGGUGAGACGGACAAUAUCCUUUACAUACCUAUGGCCACGACAACAAUAAAAACGACACUUCCAUCAAAGACAAUCAGCUCAUUUAGUGAAUGGAACCCGGAAGAGCGAAAUACCAACAUCCUCUUCGCAAACCUUGUGAUAACAUCUCCUUCCAUCGAUUUAGAACCAAGGCAUGUAUCUCGGCUUCUGGGAUUGGCCCAGGACAGAGCAUCUUCCUCUCGUGGUAAGAAGAAAAACAAUCACCGAUUGAUCUCCCGGUUGCUCCCCAAGGCGAGUAUCAAGCUCUCAGUUCAUGAACCCGUGCUACGAUUCGUUUUGCCCGUAUCUCAGGUCCCCGAUCCUUCGGCGGAAGAUUACAACCUACUCAUCUGCUCUAUAUCUUCAAUAUCACUCGAUAUAGAGUCUUCCCAUUCAUCAGAGGGCGGGGUUCAUUACUCCCUAUCAUCUAUUUGCCGGGUGGCGUCUCACCAACUAUACUACCAAACGCCUCUAGGAGUCAAGCAUAAUUUACUCACAACGGAGAAUAUGGAACUAAAAGUCCUUCUUAGCGCGUCUCCAGAGGUAUGCGUGAUCGCUUCCGGAUCGCUGAAUACAUGUUCGGCACAUAUGGUCAAUGGGGAUGUCAACCGAGGCAUUCAGCAAGUCAUUGAACAGUUCCGGGCCCAAGUCAAGCCGAAGAAGAGAGUUUCCAUGUCGCUCGAAGAGCGCAAGCCUAGCCUUCUGAGGCGCCUCCCUCCAUGGCUGGUUCGGUUCCAGUUUGAAGCCACGAGCCUUAGUCUAGAAAUCGCCGGAAUCGAUGAAGCGGUCUCUGAGGUUUCUCGUGGCGUCUCCCUCCAGCUCCAUUCGUGGACAGCGGAUUAUAGAGCACAAAAACCCGAGCAACCUAAUGUGAGCAUCGUGCGGCGACGGACUCCGAGUCAUUCUACGAUCGGCGACGAGUCGCCCUUUAGGUUUCCUCCCACGUCUCCACCAAGGCAGACACAACGCGGUGCUGCAGAUGGGAGGCGACUUGCCCUACAUGUUCGUGGCUUCGAGGGAUUUGUUAUAGAAUCUGAAGACUAUCUGGAGGCGGAGCCUUUCUUUUCGCUCCCUAGGUUUGAAGUGGCUUUGAGCACAUUAAGCGACCGCCUUGGACCUAUCUUCCAUAUCAACUCCGUGGUAAAGGGAGUCUAUCUCCAGUACUCCCUUUAUCGUUAUUACUGCAUAGGAGUUGCCGCGUCCGUAAUUCAGAACGCCUUCUUCCGACGUUCGCCAGAAACAGCAACCCAGAUGCCGUCUCCAUGGAACUCGCCUCCUUCAUCGCCUCGUCUAUUCUCGCAGAGAAAUGAACUCGUUACAGUGGAUGUGAGAGUUACUAUCGUUCAGGUCAAAACGUUCCUUCCUGCAGAUCCUCCGAUGCUGCUCCAAGUUUAUGGACUUACUGCUGGUUCACACCGACUCUCCGUUCCAUUUGUUCGAGCUCAUCUCAUUCGGUUACAUGCUGAGGCACCAAAGCUCAAGGGUGUCUGGGCACGUAUCAUUGGUAUGAAUAAUGUUAGGCUCGAUCUCCGCACUGCCAAAUUGAAGCAGGGCGUCAAUACUACCGAAGAGAAGUCGAUAGAUCUAUGGGCCGAUUUCAUUCGUAUAGGUGUUCCCCAUCACAUGGUGAUGCAUCGCAUUUUCGACAACGUUAUUAAUACAGCAAAGGCGAUCAAGCAGCUUCAUCACCGCUUCAAGAAUCAUUCAGCCGAGUUUGAUUCAUCAAGAGACCCGGAGGAACCAAAGAAAGUGCCAAGGAUAUCGCUGCGUAGCAAAGCACUACUGUUUGAGAUGGAAGAUGAUGCAUUCGAAUGGAAACUAGGUUGCAUAUAUCGUGCUGGCCUCAUGGAACAACGCCAACGCCUGGCUAGGGACGAGGCAUACGAGCUGAAGCUCCAGAAGCUUAAAGAAUGUGAUCAACGGCGCGCCUCAUCUAGAUUGCGUGCAAAGUCCAGCCACAGAACCCUUCGCAGUGACCGAGUUAGUGGUGAGUCGAAAAGAAGCAAAAGUGCCGAUGCAAGGCCAAGUACUGGCGACACAGAUGAUAGUAAGCGUGGGCGGGGAAGAAGAUUCCGCUAUGACCCCGAGGGCGCUGCUUGUUUUUCGGGUGAAUCAAAGAUAUCUGCAGAAGUGGCCUGGUAUCGACUUCAGGAGUAUAACGCGCGAAGCUGGAAGAAGAAAAUAGAUGGCGCUCUAAAAUUCCAGGGUACCUCAAUCAAGGAAGUACGGAGUCUCUUCUCUGGAGCUGAUGAACCACCUGAAGACGUCGAGGAGACAGAGACGGUGCUCUCCAUUCCUAACAGGCCUGCUCUUAUGGCGGCUUUGAUAAGCGACAUCAAUUUAGUCAUCGACAAGCCAUCCUUUCCUUUGGAAGAUUAUCCAACGUUCCUUCACAGGAUUGGAAAGGGCAUGCCGUUGUCUACGCAAUACGCUCUACUAAUUCCGAUGAGUUUCCAGUUGGAUAUGGGAGAAGCACGCGUCAACUUGAGGGACUAUCCCUUGGACCUGUUGCACAUACCGGCUUUGCGCCCCGGGCAAUCACCAAGACUGCCAAGCUGGUCACUCCGAACCAACUUCGUGAUUGCCGAAGAGUAUCGCGAUUAUAAAUCAGCUAGACAAGUCCAAGUAGAGCUUGUCCCCUCAAGUGAACUUCCAGAUGGGACCAAAAGCCCUCCGUUCGAGAUGAAAGUUUGGCGGUCAGUCAGCCCCGUCAAGACAUACUCCGAUCCGACUAUCGAGAUCAACACGAGUCUUCCAACGAGUAUUUCCUGGGGCAUGUCCUAUCAACCCGUCAUACAGGACAUGAUGAAAAUUAUAGAGGGUUUCACUAAACCGGAAAUCGAUCCGUCCGACAGGGUUGGCUUUUGGGACAAGAUCCGACUGAGCUUCCAUUCCCGGAUUAGGAUUCUUUGGAAAGAAGAUGGGGAUGUUCACUUGCGUUUGAAAGGCUCCCGUGAUCCGUAUGUCGUAACCGGCUUUGGUAGCGGGUUUGUCAUGUGCUGGCGCAAGGAUGUCAAGUGGGAAGUACACACCAGCGACGAUCCAAAGGAGUUUAUGAGUGUCAGUAGUGGGGAGUAUGUGCUUGCAAUCCCUGACUACAGUCACGAAGCCCGCUUUAUGGCCGAAGCCACGGCUCAGGAUCUGGAAAGCACAACGUCAAGUGUGAUGAAGAACGCGGCCCACUUCAAAAAGGUUGUGAUGAAAUUAUCAGGCGAGGUGAAAUGGGGUGUAGGCCUCGUUUUUGAACGUAAUGUUGAUGAAAACCGGCGGUCGUUCCAAUUUAGGCCUCACUAUGAAGUUGUUCUCCGGAAUCCUAAAUAUGUUGAUCCCUCAGAACAUGAAUUUUAUGACGCCUACCGUGGGUUCCGGAGCAAUCAUAUUCAUCUUUCCAUCUCCGUGCUUGCCCCAGAAAGCAGGGACUGGUCCAUCGACCAUUGCCAAUCAUCCACAAGCUACAACACAGUUCAUCUCACCCCGCGGUUCUUCACCCACUUUUUCAACUGGUGGUCCCUUUUCUCUGGAGUCAUGUCACUUCCUGUUCGUCAAGGCCCACUGUGGCCCGGCAUUACCAAGACCAGCAAAAAGUUCAACCGUCAUCUUGCCACUGUCAAGUAUAAACUGCUCUUUGCCCCCUUGUUUGUGGCCCACAUCUACAAGCACAAGGAUCGUGAAGACUAUGGCGAGGAUGUCGUCACAGCAACAGGACUGAAGGUUCGCCUUGACAGUCUGAAGCUUGAUGUUCAUCAAAGACGUGAGCUGGUUAAGACGCAAGCAAAAGGACGCCUUAAACAGACUCAAGCAAGUGCCAUGCGGAUAAACCAAGCUGAGCUAGAUUUGCAGGCUGCAGAUUUCAGAGCUGUUUCCGCUAGUAUCAAAGGGACGAACUUGGAUGAUAUUGAGCAAAAUAAGGAUGAUAUAAUCUCAUCAUUCCAGCAACCUGUUCCAUCUGUUGAUCUCUCUCGGUUCACUAUUCCAGACCACAACCUUGAUUGGAUCGAUAUGGAUGAUUUUGUGGAGCUGGACUGGAUCCUUCCUCAGGAAUCGAAUCCUCGAACGCAAAUAUUGCCUCUAGCUUUUACACCACGGUUUACCUAUUUCCGCCAGACAGACCAUGGUGACAUAAGCCCAGACGAGACAGGCUACAGUAGCUUCGGAAACGAGCCUACCCACGAAUGUGUUAUGUCCGAGAGUAAUGAACCCCGCAGAGUGCAAAUGGAGCUGAUAAGGGAGCGUCUUUCCCAUGUUGAAUCACAGGUUCAGGAGUGGGAACGUACAAUUGGGGAGCAAGAACUUCGCAUGGCCAAGUCGGUCGAUCAUGAACCUCAUUUGCAGACCGAGCAUGAGAAUUAUGUCAAGCAGGCACAGUCUCUCGCUAGGCGGCGGAUGUUUCUUGCCUCUGCGCUUCAGCGUCUCGAGCGGCAACUUGCACGUGAGGAAAGGUCUUCAACUAAGCCAAUCCCCGAGAAUAUCGCUGCUGAUGUUACCAGUCGAGUCGGAACGGACGCAGAAUCAACUAAUGAAGGCAAGGAUGCGGAUAUGGACGGUCUGUACUCGUCACCGCAUGAUGAAUUUGCUACCAAUUUCAACAAUCGCUUCAUCAUACAUAAUUCUCAGCUGAAAUGGAAUAACUCCCUGAGGAACAUCAUAUUACGUUAUAGUCACCAGGUUAGCCAGAGGCGUGGAUUUGUAUAUUACAUGUCUCGAAGGGCUGUUAAAUUCAUUCUUGAUAUCGUCGACGAGCAAAGCAAGAACCAGAGACGGCAUUCUAAGUUGUUCAAGUGCGCGUCAAGGCGACCUUCGGACGUCCGAGGCCUUGUGGACAACGAAGAGGACGGCAGUGUGGAGGAUCGCAUCGAGCAGCUGCUCAAUGAUGCGAAACGUUUUGUGAAUGCAGAAGAACAAGAAAACUCAGACCAGAAGAAUCAAUCUAGUACAAAGUCUGAUGAUUCCAGUGAAAAUAUUUCGCCGGAAUUUACACCCCAAAACAGUUACCACCUGCGACUUAUCGCUCCUCAGAUCCAGCUCCAGAGCGAGAAAAACCAAAAGUCGGUUGUCCUGGUUGCGGCAAAGGGCAUGCAACUAAAAGUGGUGUCAAUCAUGGACAAGGAGCGUGUUUCUGACGAUGUUAGUGGAUUGGUGCAGCGUCGCUUCUCGCUUGAAAUGGAUGGUGCCCAAUUCUUCGUUGCAACACAGAAGAACCUAAUGAAACACUUGCAGUUCUAUGCAGGCAACAAGUACGGCAAUUCUCCAGGCUCAGCAUGGCCGCCUUGGUUGACUAUCGAGGCCAUGUUCGAUUUCGAAUUGAAUCCGUUUGGCUUUUCGAGAAUUGUUCAGAAGACUUCUGCCAGCUUGAGAUAUGAUAAAUAUAACAACCUUCGUCUGAAGUAUAACGAAGAGGUUGCAAAAGGACAGCUUGAUGAGGAACGUGGUUCCAGCGUCGAAGAAUCCAGAAUAGAUCAAAUCAGCGUCGAGUUCCCUCAUUUCCGCGCUAUCUGUGAUUCAGCUGAAUACUACUCCAUGUACAUCAUUGUGCUUGACUUGCUGCUUUACAGUGAGCCUCUCGAGAAAGUCCGAAAUGAACGCCUGGAGAGAAUUAUGCUCAGUUCCGACUUCAGCGACCUCAGAGGCGCACCGGAGAUGGUAUUCAAACUGCAAUCCCGUAUUCGGCAUCUGGAAGAGAUCAAGGAGCAUUUCCAAGUUCACGCCAAAUAUUUGGAUAAGAAAGGCUGGGAAGAUAGAUUGGAGCUUGAAAAAGACCUUUCUCAAUGCGAAGAUGAAUUGUUUUUCUUGAUGAAAGCAAUAACAACUUCUCAGCGGAGGAUCGAUCCGACAUUCUCGGGGGCUCACGGUAUUUUGCGUUGGAAUAUAUCCGCCCACGAGGUUGUCUGGCACCUUAUGAAGGACGAAUCCGAGCCAUUGGUCGAGUUCCAGCUGCGGAAUGCAGAAUUUGAUCGGACUGAUAACAGUGAUGGUUCUAAUCACAAUCUCGUGGCAGUUGAACGACUGUAUGGGUUGAAUCUCCUCCCAGACGCCAUAUACCCCCAGAUCAUUGUACCGUACCUCGACCAAGCCAAGCCUCUGGACUCACCGGAUGAUUACAUGAUCAAGGUCAAGUGGCACAUGCUCGAAGCUGUUGCUGGUAUACCCGUUGUGGAUGAUUUCCGGGUGUCACUUUUCCCACUCAAGAUUCAACUCGAACAUGAGCUUGGCCAAAAGGUAUUCGAGUACAUUUUCCCCAACGUCGGCUCGAGUGCUUUCGAAAAUGGGGGAUUCUCGCCCAUGAUGAUCAAGAAUGUGAAACCGCUGGACGAUUCAGACGAGGAUGAGGAGACGGAAAGUCCGGCUCCACCUCGAAGCGCGCAUGGCAACAGUGACGUCUCGACAGAUGACCUACAUAAGGGACCAGGCGCUAUCGAGCUCAGGUUACAACCAACGCUAACGUCCGCUGAAGAUGCUAGACCACGGUCGGCACGCUCAUCCCACCUCAAAGGCCUUGCGAUGACACAUAUCCAUAAAGAUAACAACCGACUUGAACCCUCUCGUCCGGCAGUGCGCCCAUCAACCAGCGGAGGUUUAUCCACCAAGAGAUCAGCUGACAGCUUACGGUUAUUAUCGAGGCAGGGUACAGACAAGACUAUUGCAAAUGGUUCGAGUACCACUGUUGGCGAGGACAGAGGAAAGAAGUUCAAGCUGCCCAAUAGAAGUGCCAAAUCCAAAGCGGCCACAGAUGAUCUGUCUCAGAUGAUGUCUCGCGCAUCGAACUACAUGACUCUAGCCCAUGUCAAGGUUCACGAUGUCGUGCUUUGCAUGAGCUACAAAGGCAAAGGAGAUCAUAAUUUGGAGGACAUUCACGACUUUGUCUUCCGCCUCCCAGUUCUGGAGUAUCGGAACAAAACAUGGUCUAAUCUGGACUUGGCCUUAAGGUUAAAGAAGGACGUCAUCAAGGCUCUGAUUUCCCACGCACCAGCAAUACUCGGGAAUAAGUUUUCACAUCAUCGGCCUACGAAACAACAGCAGAAGAAAUAUCGAGACAUUGUGCAUUCUUCUCAGCUUGUGCAUAAUCCAGAUAGUGCAGCGGUGACGAUAUCCGACAAGAGUCAAACGAGUCAGGACUCGAACAGCGAGUACUCAGAGUCUCAGUCGCAGAGGUCUGUUCAUUCUGGGAGUUCUCGGCUCGUCCGGUCGAACUCUCUAGGAUCCAGUAUGCUCAGUAUUGAGCAAGGCGGGUUGAUGUCUGACGCUCGAUCUGCAAGCGAAGUAGACGUGGAUGCUCGUUGGGAGCAAUCUCGUAGGAUCGUGAACCCACCAUCGCGGCCCAUGACUUCGGGCACUGCUAUUGCGCGUUCCGAAACCAAGCGUUGGGACGGUGCUGAUGAGAGUCACAGGAUGACGAUCCGUAAUUUUGGCCGCAAGCUGAUGCCGUCUCGCAAGUGAUCAUUCCUCAGAUCAAACACAACUGUUAUAAAGAACCAAGAAAAGACAAAAACAAGACGCGUCUUAUAUAGCUUUAGCAACCGUGCCGGAGGGAACAAAACCAGCUUCACAUUCCUCACCAUUUCUUCAUAUCCUCCCAUUUUUCGACGUUACACUUUCGUGACCUGCCAUUUCCUACUACGAGAUACCCCCAAUUGCAAUGGGUCGUAUAUAGGCGUCAAUCUGUUUCACUGACUUCAUAUUAUAAAACAUGUUUUGCUUUACUGUCCUACCUUGGCCCUUCUGUGCCCUUGCUCUUUUACCUGCUUGGUUAAUUGCUAUUCUUCCGUUGCCAUACCUUGCUUAUAAAGUCUUAGUCUUUGCUAUCGUGGCUCUUUGAGCUCACUUUUGUUUCUGGGGUGUGUAUACAUUUUUUUUCUUUUCUUUUCUCUUUUCUUUUUCAUGAUUUCAGCAUGGGGAGCAGGGCAGGUUAGAAGGGCCUCUCCAGUCCAGCUAGGCGCAGCUGGAGAUGGGACACAUGUAUUGGGUAUAUAUCGGGGUGGUGUAUAGAUAGACGGUGUAUUGGAAGGGUUAUCCUCAGCGUUAUUCUGUACAUUGAAAGUUCUUGACCUGUUUAGUAGCUGCGUUAUCU